CUUUGACAGCUUCCUUUCGACAAUGAGGACCGCGUCCUCACUCGCGCACAGAACCGCGUCUCCAUCGAGCAUACGUUCGGUUGCGUUCGGAAUGCCCGCUUCAUCAUCGACCCCAACCUCGACAUCCCCCGCUCGCUGCGUGUGCCGUUUGGGCCUUCGUACCGGGCAUACCUCUGGGACGAGCCGGAGCUCGACCCGAACCUCUCUGUGAAUGUGUGGGGCCAGAUAUCCGCGGACAUCGAUGUGCGGCCGCGUCUGCCUCCUCCCGCCGACGAGAUCGCUCUAGGUGGUACGGACGGGGACGGCGCGGGUACGUCCCUCGACGUAGACGCGGACGGCAAGCCCCAUAGUCCGUUCAUGGCGCGCGCAGUGGCCCGGGCACGCGAGUGGCGGCUUGAGAAGAGGCGCCUCGCGCGACUGGUGCACAUCGAAGCGAAGACGCGCACGGGCGAUAUUGAGCUGCACGUGCAUUCUGGCGCUGGCGGGCCCAUAUCGCUCACUGCAGCGUCCGUCAUGGGGAACAUCCGCAUCUUCCUAUCGCACCCGGUACAGGGCCAGCUCGUCGUCCGGGCGCCCAUCUUGGGCCGCCACCGCGUCACGCUGUCACCCCGCAUACAAACGACGUGCGGCGCUCCGCUGCACGAGGCUGGGCGCACGACGCACUGGCUUGUUGGAGACACCGCGAGCAGAGUUGUACAGGACGGCGAGGGGGACCGGAUCACCGUGGAGGCUUCCCUGGGCUCGGUCUGGAUCGGGUACGUGGAUGAGACUCCGUCGGCGACGGCUGGGAGUGGAGACAGUUCGCGCACCUCUCAAUGCUUUUGGAUGAAGGCUUGUCUCGUGCUGCUCGCUCUUGCGUGGGUGGCCUGGCGAUUCGGAGUGUGCCAAACGUUGGAGUGCUUUCUCUGAUUACCUGGACACUAGGACACUAGAAUGCAUCUGUAGAAAGUAGGACUGUGUCGUUCUAUGUUGCCAGGUCAUACAAAGGACUCUAGAUCUGUCCCGUCAAUACAGAAAAUCGAUGCACUAGUUUGGACCAUGAAGACUAACGAUCGAGAGUGGUGUCGUAUACAUAUGCGAUAAAUUCAAUAAAU